GCCCCUCCGCACCUGCGGCGGCGGAGCGGAGCCCUGCCCUGCCCGGGCGGCGGCCCCUCCUCCAGGAAGCCGGAUCUGCCGCAUCCUUGUCGCCGGGCCGGCCGCGCAGUCCCUGCCGCGCUGGGCACCGCCGCAGCAGCAGCAGCAUGCGGCCCCCGGCCGAGCCCCGCCGCCCCCCUCCGCUGCUCCUCGUCCUCCUCACGAACUUUGUGCUGUCCUUUGGAAAGGAGACAUUACAGACAACAGCAGUUACUCCAGAGUUUAAGAAGAAUAUGGAUUAUGUAGAUUUUAUCUAUUUAAACAUUUUAGAAAAGAAAGUUCUUAACAAUUCUGAGGUUUCAGUUCAGUAUUUAUGUUCUAAGCCUUGUAUUGUUAGUUUAGAAGCAGUAGCUUCCUCUGAGUUCAGGACUGGUGUACCAGUGUAUAGAAGGAGAUGGAAGGAUGAGAAGAACCUUUAUGUUAGCAGAACUCGACAAGUACACUUGAAAUUUCCAAGCAUCAUGGUUUACAGAGAUGAUUAUAUCAUGAGAAACUCAAUAAUAGUGCACAGUGUGAUACUGUAUGCAUGGAUUAGCCACAGAUCAGCUGGCAACUAUGGUGAUGAGCAGAGUGAAGACUACCAGGCUGCAGUUGCCAAGAAUUACACAUUUUUAGAGGCAGUUCCACCCUUUGAACGGCCAUAUAAGGAUCACAAAGUUUGUCUUCAGUGGGGUGCUGACUAUUUGUGGAUGCUCCAGGCCAAUAGGAUACCUCAGUGCCCUCAUGAAACUGAUGGUGUCCAGGUUCUGGAAUUUAUAUAUGCUUCCAGUGGGGAAAAAACAGGAAUUGUGAAGAAAUUUGAACAGUUUGAAAACAGAGAACUUGAGACAGUCAGACAACAUCAGAUUGAUUAUCCCAUGUUCACCAUUUCAAUCUGGCUAUAUCUACUCCAUCACUGUGAAAAAGAUCUGUGUGGUAUACUCUAUUUUAUUGAUUCAAAAGAAAUGUAUGGUACUCCUGCUGUAUUUCUAAAUGAGGAAGGUUAUGUGCAUAUUCAGAUGCAUCUCAUGAGAGGAGAUGACCUUGCAGUGAAAACUAGCUUCAGCCUUCCUCUUAAGCAGUGGUUUCGACUGGAUCUCUCCUUUAAGGGUGGACAGAUCGAAGUAAGCAGUGUUGGGAAGAAUUUGAAAAGAUAUCAUCAUCAAUCUUUUACUUUUAGGGAAGAUUUCUAUUAUGAUGACACUGCUGGAUACUUUGUUCUUGGAGGCAGUGGGUACGUAAAUGGUAUUGAAGCUUUCUUUGGACCUGUGAAAUACUAUCGCCUCAAUGUGUUGGAAACAGAACAGAUUUCUAAUCCUCUUCAUGACAAAGACACAGUGGAACAAAUUGAACUUUACUACGAGAGAUGUAUGGACAUUCAAGAAAUCGUUUAUGAUUACAGAUAUAUUGUAAGGCAAGGCGAAAAAACACACAGAAGUUGUUACUAUGAAAACUAUUAUUUGGAGCUGAUUCACAAGUAUGGAGAAAAAUCCAAAUGUGAUGCUUUCAUGUGGGGAAAAGAGCUCAGGGAAAAGUACCACACUUUGUUCAGACUAUUACAUGAGAUGGAUUUCAGUAGUCCAGAUGAAGAUGGAAGUGAUACAGUUGUAGAAGUUGGCCGGAGGAUAUUUGAGAAGGUUGUGAAAGGUCUGUCCAGUGCCAAUGGCCUCAGCAAUUUGGGCUCCUCUGUCCCUCUCCUGGUGGAUUCCAGUUGUUGUGGAUACCAUAAGGCUUCCUAUUUCCUUGCAGUUAUAUUUGAAACAGGCCUCAGUGUGCCUGUGGAUCGUAUAAAGGGACUGCUAUAUAGUUUGGUUGGUGCUCAGGGGAACGAGAGACUUUCUGUGAUGAAUCUUGGCUAUAAACAUUACCAAGGGAUUAAUAACUAUCCGCUUGAUUUGGAGCUGUCAUAUGCUUAUUACAGCAAUAUUGCAAUAAAGACAUCCCUGGAUCAACACAAUAUAAAGGGGGAACAGGCAUUUGUUGAAACUAUAAGACUGAUGGAUGAUGAACUGCUAAAAUCUCAAACAAAAGAAAAUGGUGAUGUCUUUAUGUGGUUAAAACAUGAAGCAACAAGAGGAAAUGCAGCUGCACAGCAACGUUUGGCUCAGAUGCUGUUUUGGGGCCAACAAGGAGUGGCAAAAAAUCCUGAAGCUGCAAUAGAAUGGUAUGCAAAGGGUGCAAUAGAAACAGAAGAUCCAGUGUUGAUAUAUGAUUACGCCAUUGUGUUGUUUAAGGGUCAAGGUGUGAAAAAGAAUAUAAAACUCGCACUGGAAUUGAUGAAGAAAGCAGCAGCAAAGGGCUUGCCCCAGGCAGUGAAUGGAUUAGGAUGGUAUUACCACAAUUUUAAAAGAGACUACAGAAAAGCAGCCAAGCACUGGUUAAUUGCUGAAGAAUUGGGAAAUCCAGAUGCAUCAUACAACCUUGGUGUCCUGUAUUUAGAUGGGAUUUACCCUGGAGUACCUGGUAGAAAUCAAACAGUUGCUGCACGCUAUUUCUAUAAAGCUGCCCAAGGAGGACAUAUAGAAGGGACUUUGCGAUGCUCUCUGUAUUACAUCACAGGAAAUAUGGAAGACUUCCCUAGAGAUCCAGAAAAAGCUGUAAUCUGGGCAAAACACAUUGCAGAGAAGAAUGGCUACUUAGGUCAUGUAAUCAGAAAAGCUCUCAAUGCUUAUCUGGAGCUUUCAUGGCAUGAAGCUCUGCUGCAUUACAUUUUAGCAGCUGAAACUGGGAUUGAAGUGUCACAGUCAAAUUUAGCACACAUCUGUGAAGAAAGACCAGACCUAGCAAGAAAAUACCUAGCAACUGAUUGUGUCUGGAGAUACUACAAUUUCUCAGUUUCUCAAGUCAAUGCUCCAUCAUUUGCUUAUUUGAAGAUGGGAGAUUUCUACUACUAUGGCUACCAGAACCAGUCUAAAGACCUGGAGCUCUCCAUGCGGAUGUAUGCCCAGGCUGCCCUGGAGGGUGAUUCACAGGGUUUCUUCAAUUUGGCCCUUGUCAUGGAAGAGGGCAACUCCAUACCUUCCUACAUUCUGGAUCACUUGGAUAUUGAUCAAGCAUUGCAUUCUAGUAAUAUAUCACUUCUUCAGGAGCUGUAUUACAGGUGCUGGAAUAAUAGUAACCAAGAAUCAAUUAGUCCAUGUUCAUUAGCAUUGCUUUAUUUUUACAUGAGAGUUCUCUGGAACAAUGUUUUACAUUCUACUCUGAUCUACUUCAUGGGAACCUUUCUUUUAUCGAUUCUUGUUGCAUUUGCAGUGCAGUCUUUUCAGUCUUUAUCUGCUCAUCAUUCUCCUGGAAGAAGAUCAGAACCAUUGUCACAUGAUGUCCCUUCUUCCUUAGGGAAUGACAGUGAGGAUGCUACCAGAGCAGUACAGCAAGAUGAACCUACUCUUUCAAAUGAUUUAUCACAGCAGGAGUCAAACCCUCAGAAUCCUCUUGUCACCAGCUGAAGUGUAGUUUUCUUCAGGUUGACGUCCAUUGGGAAGACAGGAUAUGAACAACUACGAUUCUAAGAACUGACAACCAACCCUAUACAUGGCAUUAAUAAUGCAGUCCAACAGCUGAAGUUGUAGGGAAGUUCAGUGAUCUGACUUCUCCACUACAGAGAAAAACCAUCCCUAUAAUUUAUUUAACUCCAAACAGAUGAUGCACACACAAUCAUACCGUAUGUCAUGGAAGGACCUGAAAGAAAACCUGCAAAGUCUGUGCCUAAUUGAAAAAAAGAAAACAUCCCACAGAUGUUAAUGAAGUUUUACUCACACAUCUAAUCUCUUAUAAAAUUGUUUUUACUGCAUUUGAGCUUAUUUAUUGGUAAAAUUAGCGAAGUUUUCCAAGUCUGAGUCAUGGAAAUUACCCAGUCACCCUUACUUUCCAAGUUCCAUGGAAACCAGUCAGGACUUCAGUACAUGCAAUGGUAACAAUGAGUUUUUGGCAUUUUAUAGUCCAUGCUGAUUUUUCAAUGUAAAAAGUGUUUUGUUUUGAAAGAAAACACACCAGGAAUAUUUGCAAUAUGGUCAUAACAUAUUAGUUAUGAUUGCUAAGUUUUAGUCAAAGUUUUACAAACAUCCAUAUUUCCUGGUGGACACAACAAAAUAUUUCUCUUCCUGCCAAGAGCCACUGAUUAGAGAAAGGAGCUCCCCAAUGAAUAAAUAAGUGUGAUCAGGUGACACAAAGUCAAAAAAUUAUUUUUUUAUUGUUCUGUAGAUAGCACUGGUAAGGAUUCAUUUCAUGUUCUAUAAUGACUCUAAAAGACAUAUUUAAGUGACAGUUCAUUUGAUAAAUUUUGGAUGGGACAUAUGGAUAACGUGUAUGGAGUGCAAAUACUUUCUAUCUGAUUUAAAGCUGUCUGUCAAGUGGCUGUAGGAAGGGUCUAUCCUUUACAGCAGGUGUGCAGUCACCUCUGCAAAAUUAUGUAGAUCACAGACUAUAAAUUACAUCAAUCUAUGCAUUAUUGAGGGUUAAAUCCACUUGCCUUGCACUACAUUAUUUACUCUUGUAAAUAAAAAUAUUUUUUUAAUUCA